AAUUUUUAUCUCCUCAGCUACUUUUAGUACCGUAGGACUAAAUUGGAUGGUGGUAACGAAGUCAGAUUCCUUAAUCUUCGCCACAGAUUACGGAAAACGAAAACACAAUGAAGACUCAAGAAACAACAACAACAACAAUGGUGACGACGAACAAUCUGAGUUUCAUCAAAACACACUCCAAUUGAUCCUUACGAAUCCCACUAAUCAAUCCAUCGUCAUGCAGAGAGAAUAUUCCGGCAACAGAACUUCGACUUACUCGCAGAUAUUGGUGGUUUCAUCGAUAGGUUUGAUGAUAGCAGCCGCAGUGCAUUACCGCCUGCGGAGGAUACGUGACUCCAAAAUCAUCCCUCGUCUCAGAUUAUCUCACAAACACAAAGGCCAUGAGAAACUCGAGAGAUUCUCUCAUUACGUCGCAAGGCAAAUGGGAUUCAAGGACAGAAGAGAGUGUCCAAAUCUCUGCAAGUUAGCAGCAGAAUACAUAAGCAAAUCUGAAUGUUGUGAAGAAGAUAUUUACAGCUUUUUCUCUGAAGAGCCUGAUGCUGAUACCCUCUUCAUUAAGCUUGUUGAGGAGUUUGAAAGAUGCAUUCUCAGCUACUUUGCGUUUCACUGGAGCCACGCCGAUCUCAUGAUUAGUCAGGUUUGUCUGAAAAGAAAAAACCAUUCUCCUGUUAUAACACAUUUUAGACCAAAACAUUCAAUGUUCAUAAUAUAUGAAUCUCAGAUAUUGAGCGCGGAUGCUGAGCCAAAGAGGAAGCUGAAGCAAAUUGUGAUGGCAGCUACAAGGGAGCAGAGGAUUAAGAGGGUGACUAAGAACUUAAAAGUGGCAAGAGUGUUCAACACUUUGGUAGAAGAAAUGAAAGCAAUGGGGCUCGCGUCUGCUGAUGACUCGCAGUGUACAGAAGUUAUGGCACCUGUGGCUCACAAAGACCGAAGUCCGGUUCUGCUCCUCAUGGGUGGUGGGAUGGGUGCAGGAAAAAGCACUGUUCUUAAGGACAUACUCAAAGAAGCAUUCUGGGCAGGAGCAGACUCUGUGGUGAUUGAAGCUGAUGCUUUCAAAGAAUCUGAUGUCAUUUACAGAGCCUUAAGCUCUCGUGGCCAUGUCGAUAUGAUCCAGACAGCUGAAUUGGUUCACCAGUCAUCUACAGAUGCAGCUUCAUCCCUGCUAGUGACGGCUCUGAAUGAAGGGAGGGAUGUGAUAAUGGAUGGGACACUCUCGUGGGUACCUUUUGUGGUGCAGACAAUAACAAUGGCGAGAAACGUGCACCGUCACCAUUACAGAAUGGGAGCUGGAUACAAGGUUGGUGAUGAUGGAGUUAUCACAGAGAACUAUUGGGAACGGAUUGGUGAAAGGCAACAGCUUCAAGAGGAUGGUCGUAGGAGAAAACCGUAUAGAAUAGAACUAGUUGGAGUUGUAUGCGAUGCAUAUUUAGCAGUAAUAAGAGGCAUUAGGAGAGCCAUCAUGUGCAGAAGAGCAGUUAGGGUGAGAUCACAGCUGAGAUCUCACAAACGGUUUGCGGAAGCAUUUCCUACAUAUUGCAGCCUUGUCGACAAUGCUAGGCUCUACUGCACCAACGCACUGGAAGGCUCUCCAAAGCUGAUAGGUUGGAAAGAAAAGGAAAAGACGUUGCUAGUGGAUACAGAAGAGAUAGACUGUUUGAAACGAGUAGGAGGGUUAAACGAGAACGCAGACUCCAUUUACGAGCUUUAUAGACAACCCAAUCCUGCUUGUGAAACUGGAUCAAUCUGGAAAGACAUUGUUCUUUCACCUUCAAGGUUUAACAUUCAACAGGAACUAAAAUACUCCAUUCAGAAAGUUGAAAGCUCUAAACAACUUCUCAACAACACCAAAAGCUGAAGAGGUCAAGGUAGAAAACGAGAGCAGAGUCAACAAAGAAAGAACAUAACUUGUUGAUUGUAUAACUUCAAUGUUGUUGUUACUUAUAUACAAUGUUAGGAGUAAAAGUUUGUUGAUUGUAUAUCGUCCAAUGUUUAGUAUAACUCAACAAGGAACAGUAGUAACCUGAAACAAAUUAGCUGCAAAGAAACUCGAUUUUGCUUCAUUGAUGAAAUCUAUAUAUGAUUUUUAAGGGAUA